AUGCAUACAUUUUUGCAAAAAUGGAUUGCAAUUUUUUUUAAGCUUUUAUAUCAGCUACCGUUUCGCUAUACAACUCGCACGUCGUAUGUAUAGGGAAAGGGAACAUACGUUACGUGAGCACUUAUGGAAAGGUUCCAAGGGGCGCCCUAUUACUAUACCAUUUUAAAGAGCAUUUUUUUCCCCAUUUAACUUUUGUUCAUUUUACGUUCGUUGAGGCGGUUAGUUUGGGAGGCCUUUUUACGUAUCGCUUUUGAGCCCUUUUUACUGCAAACGUUAGUUUUGAAGCUUCCCUUUUUGCCUGCGCUGCUGCCAAAAGUUUAGCCAGCAAAAGUACAACAGGGGAUAUAAAACACACGAACAACGGGGGCAACUGUGCCCACGUAUGUAUGCUAUAUCGCGUGACCCAUAUGUACGCAAGACCGUAGCGAGACUAUCGACUGCCGCAUUUUUCCCGCUUCGGCUCUUCCGCAUCGCCUCUUCCGCUUCGCCGCUUCCCUUUUUUUGGGUGUCAAAUUCACAGCGCGCUGAAGCUUGGAAAAAAGAAAGUCCAAAAAAGAAAACUUUUUCCCCAUUUUAAAUACAUUAUACUAAACAAUGAAGCACAGGUCGCAUUUGAAACAGCAGAAUAAGCAUUUUAAAAAGCUAAAGAGUCAUAAGAAGAAUAAUAAGAGUGCGAAAAAUCAGCAAAAGAAGAAGAAAAAAAAUUUAAUCCAAAAGUACAGCAGCAUAUUACAUCGGGCACUUCAGUCCCAUAACAGCAAAGUGAGCAACAUAAAGAGCGAACUGGAGGAAAAAUCAAAGUACAUCCCCUUCUAUAACUGCUUAAAUAUUUGCCUGUUAGGGUUCCACGAAGAUGCCGAUGUACUCUCAUUUAAGAAAGAGUUUAUAAAAUACCUGUGUGAAAAAAAUGGAGAUAAUGUCAUAACGGACACUAUAAAUUUGUACGACAUAUAUACAGUACACGCAGAAAAAAAAAAAAAAAGAUCGCUUGUAAUUUAUGACAUUCCGAGAGACAUUUACGGAAUUAUAGAUGGAACAAAAUGUGCAGACGUCGUCUUGUGUAUAUUUAAGGAUGGGACAAUUGAAGAUUCUUCGUUCGACGAAUUGGGUUACAACCUUCUUUCGCUUUUAAAAAUACAAGGUGUCCCUUCCGUCAUCGGGGUGGGGUAUAACACGGACGAAAGCAGCAAAUAUUCUCAGAAAUUCGUGACUAGGUAUUUCAACUCUGAGUUUACGCAACAUGAUAAAAUAUUUUUCAUCAACGGGAGUGGCGGCAACACUGACCGCGCAAGCAAGAGUGGAGAUUUUUACAAACUGUACAGCGAAAUUAUGAAUAUGAAAGUACGAAGCGUUUCUUAUCGGGAGGGCAGGGGUUACAUGAUGGUCAAUUCUUAUGCGUACAAUGAGCAGACGGACUCCGUUUAUUUGAAGGGCUUUGUCAAAGGGGCAGGGUUUAAUGUCCAUAACCCUGUGCACAUAACAAACGCGGGUGACUACUACAUUGAUGAUAUAUACGUCAUAGAUGUGAUGACGUCCAAGAGGAGUAGCGGUGAAGAAAAAGCAGAUAAAUUGCUAAAUCGGUUCGGUCAGAGAGACCAAAGUGAAGGAUUUAAUUCCAAUUUUUUAAGUGACAUUCUGAGCAGACAGACGUCCCCCGACGCGAACUUUUACUAUAACUGUAAUAACAUUGACUAUAACUUUUUGCCCAUUCAGAAUUGUAAAAAUAGGUGUAACAUGAAUGAGGAGGAUGACUUAGUGUGCGUACGUCCCUACACCGAGGAGGAGCAUCACAUGCAGUGCGAUAAUUUAAUGACGCUUAUGGAUAGCAGCAGAGCGGAGGUGACCACCGGGAGAGGGCCAAGUGAGAGACUGCCAUGUGAGAGAUUGCCAAGUGAGAGACUGCCAAACAGCAGGGAUGAUCAUUCCAGCGAGGGAGUCGACCUUGUGUAUAAAUUCAAUUUGGACAGUGCAUUAUCCCACGGGGGUAGCAACCAAAAGGGAUGGCUUCACAGCGGCAGUAACGGCGCCACCUGCGUGGAGAAGCCCACUACGUUCAAUGAGUUGUACGCAUCCUCCACCAACUUUAGUAGCAAUAACACGUAUGGAGGCACAGACCAAAGGUGCCAGUCCAACCAUUCGUGGGCACAUGUGUCCAACGAGAAGCACGAAGUGGGGGAAGAUUUCAUAUGCUCAUACAACAGGAGUGAAACGUUGAACGCGAGGAAAUAUUUUCUAGAGAGUACUAAACCGUUUAGGAAAGAGGAAGUUCAUUUAAGAAGCGGGGAGGAAUCACGGGCAAGUAGCUCCGCUGAGGAGAGCGAAGACGACUUGGACGUGGACGACGAAGAGGGGGAUGUCCCCACGAAUGGUGAGAUGACCAAUGCUACGAAUGGCGAGAUGACCAAUGGCACGAAUGAUGACGACCUCGAAAGGGACUCCAACAACUCGGACCACGUCUACCUGUGCAAAAACAUAAGCGCAAAGGAAAGAUUUAAAAAGUACCGAAUUCUUCAGAGCUUCAAGUCGUCCUACAUAGACGUGUACGAGGAUUUACCACUGGCCUACUCACGCAUUUAUGAUUAUGAAAAUUACGAAAAUUUAAGUAAAUAUUCGAAGAAAAAGUUCGUGGAAAACUCCAGAAUUGUAAGGGGGGAAUUCACCGUAACGGAUGCCUACUGUUUAUUUGUUAUAAAAAAUGAUGGGAAGUUGCUGCACUUAAUAAAUGAUAUAAAGAAGAAGAACCUGCCGAUUGUCGUUUCAUCUUUGCUGCCAUAUGAGCGAAAGGUGACCGUCGUCAACAUGGAGGUGGAACGAAUGGCAUCGUAUUCUGAAAAAGUAGAGUCAAAGGAGGUGUUCGAAAUUGUGUGCGGAUUUAGGCAUUUUAUAGGUUGCCCUAUUUUUAGUGAACAAAUUAUUAAGGGGAUACAGUCCAAGGGGAAGUAUGAGAAGCAUUUGAAGCACGGCAAGAAAUAUGUAGCUUCCAUUUUUGGCUUCACGACUGUAACGAAUGCCCCCGUUUUUUUGAUAAAGAGAGUUCCUUCAGGGGGGAAUGCGAACCUGUGUUUUUUGGCAGCACGGGGGGGGGAGUCCGAAAUGGGGUUAAUUGGGCAGUUAGGGGGAAAUACACUCCAGCUGGGACAUUGCCACUACAGUGGAGAAGAACCCAAUGUUGUGCACACUUCUGCUGAUGCGUAUGCGAAUUAUGGGGCCGAUUGUGCGAGUACCACCCCCGUCAUUGUUGCACACGGAAAGGUUGUCAACUGUGACUGCAAGAGGAUAAUUAUGAAGAGAAUAAGCCUGUGUGGAGACAUUUUCAAAAUUCAUAAAAAGAAAGCAGUCAUUCGAAACAUGUUUUAUAGGCCGGAGGACAUAAAUUAUUUCAAGCCUGCCCAGUUACACACAAAAUUUGGGUUGACUGGAAAAAUACUGGAAUCUUUGGGCACCCAUGGGAAAAUGAAAUGCCUCUUUAGUAACGUCUUGAAGCAGCACGACAAGGUUUUUAUCUUUUUGUACAAGCGAGUUUAUCCGAUGUGGUUUCCCCCCACGUGGGGCGGCGACCCCCGCUUGGGCCCCGAUGAUAAGCCCGUGCAGCGCAAGAUGAAGCGGUGAAGCGUAGCGCAAAUGGCAAGCUUAAAUGGCAAGCUUAAAUGGCAAGCCCAAAUGGUAAGCCCAAAUGGUAAACUCAAAUGGGCUUUAUGUGCCCCUCCCCAACAACAGCCAUUCGCAGCUGCGCGCUCUGUGUGCUAAAUUCGUUUUUUGAUUUGGACAGGCGAAUAUUCAUUCAGGCGCGCUCCCGCACGUAGCAAAAAUAACGCAGGAGUGGCCGAUUCAUCGCAAUUGUUUAGUUCAAGUAGACCGAAAAAUAGCGGCAUUUUACAGUUUGUCACAAAGUGUGUGUAACCUGCAAUACUCUUUAAAAAAAGAAAAAUGCUUUUAAAAAGAGGAUUGAAAAGGUGGGAAAGUA